CAACACAUAAAGUUCCUAAAAAUAGUUAAGCAAAACACAGAGAACCAAAGUUGCGAGAUGGCAGAAGUGAAGUUGCUUGGUCUUUGGUAUAGCCCAUUUAGUCACAGAGUUGAGUGGGCUCUAAAGAUUAAGGGGGUCAACUAUGAAUUUAUAGAAGAAGAUCUACAAAACAAGAGCACUCUGCUUCUUGAAUCUAAUCCUGUUCACAAGAAAGUACCAGUGCUUAUUCACAAUGGAAAGUCCAUAUGUGAGUCUAUGGUAAUUGUUGAAUACAUUGAUGAGACCUUUGAAGGCCCGCCCAUCUUGCCUAAAGACCCUUAUGACCGAGCUAUAGCUCGUUUCUGGGCUAUGUUUUUUGAAGAAAAGGCGCCAGCAAUAGAGAAAGUUUUCUUUGACAAAGGAGAGGAGCAAGACAAAGGUAAAGAGGAAGUUUGUGAGAUGCUGAAAGUUCUUGACAAUGAGCUCAAGGAUAAGAAGUUCUUUGUGGGUGAUAAAUUUGGAUUUGCUGAUAUUGCUGCAAAUGCUGCGGCCCUUUGGGUAGGACCCCUUGAAGAAGCAUCUGGAGUUGUUUUGGUGACAAGAGAAAAGUUUCCAAAUUUUUGUCGGUGGAGAGAUGAAUAUAUCAAAUGCAGCGAAAACAAGGAAUAUUUACCUACAAGAGAUGAGUUGCUUGCCAAAUUCAAAGUUAUCUUUCAGGCUGUUGCAUCUGCUCCCAAAUGAACUCCUCUUAUUCAACUUUGAAGUUUCAAAGAUCUCGUGUUGCAAUAAAAUUAGAGGUGGAUUUAAAAGCACAUUAUAAGGUCAUAGCCAUUUAGAAUCUACUGAUUCGAGAUCU